GCACGGCGGCGGGCGGGCCCUGCCGGGGCCCCCGAAGGCGCCGGGGCGGAGGCGGGGCGGCACCGCCCCCCGGGCGGGCCGGAGCCCGGCGGCGGCGGGAGGCGCUGGCCGCGGCGCACGGCGAUGCGGCUCCGCGGCGGGACGCUGCCGGCGCGGCUCUUCCUCGCCCUGUGCGUCUGGCGGCUGGUGCCGCGCCGGGGCGCCGCAGGAACAGAGGAAGUGGUCUAUGGGGAGGCUGGAGGAAGCAUCCUCCUUUUGUGCCGAAAUGUCUCCAAAGAAGCAACGGAAGUGGUUUGGUUUCAAGGGGAUCCCCAGUCCGUCCCCCCGCUCUUCUCCUCAAAGGUCGCGUUCCCCCAGGACGUCCGUUUCUCCCUGGUUGACAACAGCUCUCUGCGCAUCACAGAACUGCGUCUGCAGGAUGAAGGCAACUACACUUGCAAGGAAGUGCUGAACAAAACAGACCAUGAGCACAGAGUCCAACUCCUGGUAGCCAAUCCACCACGGUCAUCCCUGAAGUGCUGGGCUGGAACCUCCUCCUCAGGACAGAUGCUGCAGCUGUUUUGCAGCUGGCCUGGCGGGUCUCCCCACCCCACCCUGCACUGGAGAGAAGAGGGGGGCGAUCUGGAAAACACGAGCUGGGUCAUCAGCUCUACGAGCUCCGCCGACACCCACGUGGAGACGCUGAACAGCUCCUGCCUUUCCCAUCGCAAAGUGUUCAAGUGUGUUGGGAGCCAUGUAGUCAAGCAGGAGGAACCCGCGUGCACUGUGGAGAUAAAGAUCCCUUCUUUGGAGUCAGAGCCCCUGAAGACCUGCUUUGUGGGUGAUGAUGUGACCCUGACAUGCCGUGUGACCGAGAGCACCCCCCCAGCAAGGCUCACCUGGCUACAGGGCAUCACCCAGCCGGAGGUGGAAAUCAAACCCGGAGGGAGGUACCUCAUCACCCAGGAGGGCAACGUGUCCCAGCUCACCAUCCGGAACUGCUCCCAGGGCGCCGAUGGGGGCUGUUACGUCUGCAAGGCGCAGAACCCCGUGGGGCUGAGGGAGGUGUUCGUCUGCCUGACGGUGAAGCAGCCAGUGAAUAUAGUUGGGAUCGUGGGUGCAGUGGUGGUGCUGUCCCUGCUGGCUAUUCUCACCGUCUCCGGCAUCGUCUUGUACUAUCAUCCCCUCCUGUGCCUGAGAGGCACUGCGUUCAGAAAUCAAGACUCAAGCGAUGUCUUAGUGCUGGUGGACUCGGAAGAGGAUGAUGAGGGCAAGGGGGAAGAGGAGCUAAUUGGCAGCUCCACCAAGCAUGAGGUGAUGGCACUGGUCAAUGGGAACGGCAUCCAAGGUGCUUACCUCAACCACCUCACAGAAGGUGAUGAUGGUGAACAGCACGGCGGCGUCUCGCCACAGGAAAAAAGGAGAGAAGACACACCAGUCACAUAGUUUCCAUCCCUUCUUGCAGAAAUGCAGAAAGCUCCAGCUGGAAGCCCAGUUUCAAGCACAUCCUCAUUACCAUGUGGCUGAACCCAGGCUGUUAGGGUCGUGCAGCGGACUGGUUUGGUCAGAACAUCCCCACUUCCUUCUGCACUCGUCCCUUCCCUGGUUUUUACUCCAUCCUUCCCCCAGCUUUGUUUCUCCACUUCUUCUCUCUUCCCGUGUUCCUCUCUGUCUCAGGUAUCCUUUUUAACUAGGUGGCAUCCCAAGGCAGGCAGAGCUCAGGAAAUGGGUCCCAGUAGCCCGCUCACCUUGAUGCCUGUCACAGACUUGAAUACCAGUAGGGGAUUCUGGUCAGCCACCAUGAGUAAUGCCAGGGUUGCAGGGAGCAUGAUGGAGAAAGUCACCUCGAGUGUCUGGGUCCCAGGACAGCAGAAGGAACUGCUUGUGAGUGGGCAGGACAUGAGUGAUGCAGACUCUCCAGGGAAGCUUGAUGGUUUUUAUUAUAAAUAUUUUUUUCCCCAA